GGAGCUGGCUGGAGCAUGAGGUGGAUUCUGUGCUCGAGCCUCACCCUCUGCCUGAUGGCGCAGACGGCCUUGGGUGCCUUGCACACCAAGAGGCCUCAAGUGGUCACCAAAUAUGGAACCCUGCAAGGAAAACAGAUGCAUGUGGGGAAGACACCCAUCCAAGUCUUUUUAGUAGUCCCCUUCUCCAGACCUCCUGUAGGUAUCCUCAGGUUUGCACCUCCAGAACCCCGGGAGCCCUGGAAAGGAAUCAGAGAUGCUACUACCUACCCGCCUGGGUGCCUGCAGGAGUCCUGGGGCCAGCUGGCCUCGAUGUACGUCAGCACGCGGGAACGGUACAAGUGGCUGCGCUUCAGCGAGGACUGUCUGUACCUGAACGUGGACGCGCCGGCGCGCGCGCCCGGGGAUCCCCAGCUGCCCGUGAUGGUCUGGUUCCCGGGAGGCGCCUUCAUCGUGGGCGCUGCUUCUUCGUACGAGGGCUCUGACUUGGCCGCCCGCGAGAAAGUGGUGCUGGUGUUUCUGCAGCACAGGCUCGGCAUCUUCGGCUUCCUGAGCACGGACGACAGCCACGCGCGCGGGAACUGGGGGCUGCUGGACCAGAUGGCGGCUCUGCGCUGGGUGCAGGAGAACAUCGCAGCCUUCGGGGGAGACCCAGGAAAUGUGACCCUGUUCGGCCAGUCGGCGGGGGCCAUGAGCAUCUCAGGACUGCUGAUGUCACCCCUAGUCUCAGAUCUCUUCCAUCGGGCCAUUUCCCAGAGUGGCACCGCGUUAUUCAGACUUUUCAUCACUCGUAACCCACUGAAAGUGGCCAAGAAGGUUUCCCACCUGGCUGGAUGCAACCACAACAGCACACAGAUCCUGGUAAACUGCCUGAGGGCACUAUCAGGGGCCAAGGUGAUGCAUGUGUCCAACAAGAUGAGAUUCCUCCAACUGGACUUCCAGAGAGACCCUGAAGAGAUUAUCUGGUCCAUGAGCCCUGUGGUGGAUGGUGUGGUGAUCCCAGAUGACCCUUUGGUGCUCCUGACCCAGGGGCAGGUUUCAUCUGUGCCCUACCUUCUAGGUGUCAACAACCUGGAAUUCAAUUGGCUCUUGCCUUACAUCAUGAAGUUCCCGCUAAACCGGCAGGCGAUGAGAAAGGAAACCAUCACUAAGAUGCUCUGCAGUACCCACACCCUGUUGAAUAUCACCAAGGAGCAGGUACCACUUGUGGAGGAGUACCUGGACAAUGUCAAUGAGCAUGACUGGAAGAUGCUACGAAACCGUAUGAUGGACAUAGUUCAAGAUGCCACUUUCGUAUAUGCCACACUGCAGACUGCUCACUACCACCGAGAAACCCCAAUGAUGGGAAUCUGCCCUGCUGGCCACACUACAACAAGGAUGAAAAAUACCUGCAGCUGGAUUUUACCACAAGAGUGGGCAUGAAGCUCAAGGAGAAGAAGAUGGCUUUUUGGAUGAGUCUGUACCAGUCUCAAAGACCUGAGAAGCAGAGUCAAUUCUAAGG